UUGCAUACAGACCGAUCAUUUUUUCUUCUAGAGCUCAUUCUCUCUUCCUCUUCCAAAUCUGUGGCUCCCAGGCCGUCACAGUUCUGAACCCUAAUACCCAAAUCCAGUUUCCUCUCAUCUAUACGACAUCCUCCAUCUCCAAACACCACAUCCACUUCGCCGGUCACCCACCCUCAUCAAGCAUCGGUCGUCGCCACCACUCACACGACCCAUCUCCGUCGCCGGUCACCCACUACCGUACUCCUUCUCCACCCUGAACCCCAAUCGCCGUCGGACACCUCUUCUGCCGCACACAGUCAUCAUCACCGGCAGGUCGCCGCCCUGAAUCACCACCCUUCUACGUCGCCGUCAUCAGGUAUGUCUCCGUCUCUUCUUUCUCUCUCUACCGAUGUUCCGAGACACCCAUCGUCCUUACUCCUGUGACAACACAAAACCACCCACACACCCAAUUUUACCGAUUUCAUCCCUGUCGCUACCCCGAACCUUCCGAAUUCUGCAAUUUGUUUAACCUAACCAAGGAUAAAUUAGAAUUACAUCAUAGAAAUAAUGGUUAAAUAUUGGAUAUUGGAUGGUUUGCUAUAUUGGUUUCAAUCUGAAACGAACAUGAUUAAGGUGAAAUUGCAUUACACUGAAUGGGUUUUGAGUUGCAUCUAAUCUGGUCAUUUAAUUUUAAUUGACUGUGGACACCUUCAGUUCAUUGAAGUAGGCUUGCGUACCACUACUCGUUUAAGGUAUGUAUCCUAUUUCACUUUGUUCAUAUGUGGCGAAUUGAAGCGAAACAGGUCCAAAUUUUUCCGGACAUGUUUGAAUAAGAUUAUUUAUGUGUAUGUUUAUGUUUGCAUAAAAGAAUUGAUUUUUAUAUUUAUAGUUAUACAAGGUCCUGUUUUCUCAAUCUGUGUUGAAUCAUGAUGAUGUGUUUGUCUUGGACACUAAAGAUAAGAUCUUUCAAUUUAACGGAGCAAAUUCAAAUAUUCAAGAAAUGGCUAAGGCUUUGGAAGUUAUACAGUUCUUGAAGGAUAAAUAUCAUGAGGGGACAUGAAAUGUUGGGGACGUUGGAAAACUAUAAGCCGAGGGAGAUUCGAGUGAAUUUUGGGUUAUUUUUGGCGGGUUUGCUCCUAUUGGCAAAAGGGUUCUAAGUGAUGAUGAUGUCAUCCCCAAAAGGACGCCUGGCAAACUUUAUAGGGUGGAUUAAGCUCCACUUAUAAAAGCUACAUUGCGACAACCUUUCCAAUUUACAUUGUUCAGCAUAUUUCAGUUCUCAAGUCAAGACAAAUCAACCAACCACUCACCAAGCCAGUCAAGGUGGUUCAACUCCUGCUGCAACCCAUCAACCUAUAAAUUUACAAGACCCAAAUGUGAUUGUCACAAUUUUCAUCAAUCAUGGAUCGUUUUUCGGGUUUGUUAACCACAAUAUUCCUAGCGAUUACGGUUUUCACUGUGUCGGGUCAGAUUAGCACUCCAUGCACGGUGUCAAUGAUUGCUAGCUUCACCCCGUGUGUGAAUUACAUCACGGGGAGUAGCGCAAACGGGGGAUCACCAACCGCAAGUUAUUGUAAAGGGGUUGAAUCCCUUAUGACUACGAGCAUGGACUGCACAUGUGUUAUCGUUACUGGAAACGUUCCGUUUUCACUACCGAGCCCAAUUAACCAACCGUUGGCUAUUACACUCCCUAAAGCGUGCAACUCGAAAAGCGUACCGUUCCAAUGCAAAUCUACCGGUGUUCCUCUGCCUCCUGCAGGUCCUGCAUUAUUCGUUCCUCCGCCGCCGCUCAAAGUUCUUCCACCUGCCGCUGAUUCUCCAGACCUGCCACCAAGCCCUAGCGGUUCCGUGGCAGCAACACCAACGCCAUCUGAAAAGAGCCAAGACGACUUGCAUGAGCCAGACCCACGUGAGUCCAAACCGGUGGCGCCUGAUGCAUCAGCACCGACUCCAACUGCUCCCCAAGGCCCACCGGUUGGUUCAGGCAUCAGACCAGUGCUUACACCAGCAGCAUCAACUUCAAACCAGUUGCAUUGUUCACCGCCAAUUGUGUUGCUACUUGAUAAUACAAUGUACGUGAAUGUUGGAAGUUAAAAGGCCGAGCAUAUGUAAUUUAAAAAGGCCGACCAAUCGUAUUUUGGAAGUUAAAAGGGCUAAAACCCUAAAUAUUUUAGGAAACGUCCUCGAUACUUUGUUUGGGAAGUACCCGAGCCGUCCCCAAGCAUAUGUAGAAGUCCCCAAUAUCCGGGUGCUACAAGGGGAGGGGAGCAGAAUUUUAACAACAUUUUUUUUGCACAUGUAAGAUUUAGAGAAGUGAGGAUGUACUCGACUCUAUGUGAACUCAGGAAGAUAAAAAGAUUAAAAGUUUGAGAAAUCGAAGAAGGCAGGUCGAAAGCCACCUGUUGAAGCCUUACAAAGGAUUAAAGAAGGCAUGUUCUUUUUGGCAUCUUUUUUUAUAUGUUUGGAUUCCUCUGUUAGCAAAUUGUGUGUACUAAACGGGCCUAGAUCGACUGUUUGAUGCUUAAUGGGUUGGUUAAAUGACGCCGGAUAUUUCUGGGUGAUGCUUGAUGAGUACAACUGGUCAUUUGGGUCGGGUCGGGUAUACGAUGCUAGAUCUUUCAAGUUGAUGCUUGAUGUGUAAAACUGGUCAUCUGGGGCGGUUCGGGUUCGUUAUAUGACGCUGGAUCUUUUCGGUUAGAUUUAUUAUUCUUCCGAAUUGAUUAGUUGCUCUUGAGUAUCAAAUUUGAUGUUUUAUUAUUUCAUUCAACUUUUAGGUUAAUUCAGUUGUGUAGCCAUUUUAAUCAACAUGUGGGCUUCAGCUGUGAUUUUUGGGAA